AGAAGAAGAAGUCAAAGUCCUUUAAUGGUGGAACAUGUCUUUUUAGUAAAGUUAUGGCAGAAGAAUUUUAAAUAAACAUCAUGGAUAAAUUACAGUUCCUGGAUUUGACAGACCUGAACCCCAAUGAUGAAGAGCAGCUCAACUCCAUCUUGUUCAGCUGUGAGUGUCCCGGCGCAGUGGAGCUUCCCCCCGAGGCUCCCCCCGCCUGGGUUCAGCACCCGGUGCCCUACCCCGAGAUGACAGCUGUUGUUGAGAUUCCACCUGCGUGUUGUACUGCUGCUUGGAUCCCUGCUGGAUAUACCGGAGAGUCGGAUCCAGUGAAUGGAGGAGAAGGUCUGGGUGAGGUGGACUACUCUGCUGGCUCUGCUAUGAUGGCUCCUCACACUGUGCAGUACACCCAGAUGAUGCCUCCGCCCAGUGUGUAUGUGAGUAAUGUGACUGCCAACGUGAAUGUUCACGGGUUUGUCCCACAAACGGUGGCUUAUCAACAAGUGCCAUUCAUGCAGCCAGUGGAGCCGCAGCCCCGCAAGGCCCGACCUGCCAAGAUAUCUCCCACCAAGCGCUCCCCAGAGGCUGCCAGCUACACUCCCCCCUUCACUCCACCCUUCCACCCAACCAUGUUCCCUCCGGUGUACUAUCCCCUGCAACUUAUGACUCGUCCUGUAGGUAUACCUCCUGUAUAUCCUACAGCACCACAAGUCUUUGGUGCUGCUGCUACAUUCCCUCAGCCGAUGUUCCCCCACCACGUGCAGCAGCCUCCAACAGACAACCCAGCACCGUUCGUGGAGGAGGAAAAGGAAGAAGAGGAACCGCAAGAGAUCAAGGAGGAACAGGAAGAUCAGCCUGAGGAAGAGAUCAGUGAGCAGCCUACGGUUGAAGAAACUGCUCCCCCUGCAGUUGAGGUGAAAGCAGAGGAGAUCAAAGUGGAAAAACCAUUAGCCACCAAAGCUCCACCUGUGAACGCAUUUAAGUCCGCUCCCAGCCUUACCCAGAAGCCGCCUUUUCCGCAGCCUGCGUCCAAGCCAAAGAGAACCUCAGUAGACGGACCGGAGUUUGUGGAUCCUCCAGUUGAAACAGGUCCGCCGAAGAAAUCUUUUGCGAGCUUGUUUGUAACUGGAGAUAGAGCACAAACCCAGUCAUCCCAAGCUGAGGCAUCGGCUCCAAAGCCUCUAGCAAUGAUCCAUCCAACGGUACACAACAGUGUGACCAACUCCCCUCGUCCUGAGAAAUUCAACUCCACACCUCCAGCCCAAGUGAACAAUACUACUUUCUCCAACACUAUGAAAGUGAGGCCAGAGAAGGCCAUGCCAGUCCAGAAAGACAUGGAUUAUGAUAUAAACCUGCAGCGGUUGGGAGAGUUCCUGAGUGAGUACCAGCUUGACCACAAGCCUCUGCAGUUGCAGCCGCGAGGUCUCACCAACCGCAGCAACUACUGCUACAUCAACGCUAUCCUGCAGGCUCUCAUAGGGUGUCCACCUUUCUACAACCUCAUGAAGACAGUGCCUCCGUCACAGGAGAACAGCAGUGGCAAGUCUCGCACUCCUGUCAUAGACAGCAUGGUGAAAUUUGUGAAUGAGUUUUCGCCAAUGUCGCUGAACACACGGCCUGUGGGUCGACGAGAGAAGAUCCAAGCCAACAAGGAGGGAGGAGCUGCCGAAGUAGUGACUGGUCCUGCGUUUGAACCUGUGUACGUGUACAAGAUGCUGAGUGCGAUGCACGCAGCCUUCCCCGUCGAGGGCAGACAAGAGGACGCUGAGGAAUUCCUCUCUUGUUUGCUCAACGGACUGAACGACGAGAUGCUCGAGGCCAUGAAGCUGGUUGAGCCUCAGUCUAACGGUCUGACUAAUGGAGAUGUCACUACCAACGGAGACUCCACUUCUACGUCCAAUGGCAACCAUGACCUGGAACAAGAUCAUGAGUGGACGGAGGUGGUGAAUAAAAACAACAAGAGUGUGAUCACUCGUAGAGCUGAGUUUGGCAAGACUCCAUUGUCGGCCAUCUUCCGUGGACAGAUGCGAUCACGGGUGUUUAGAGCCGGUGUGGAGAAUGGAACCACUGACAACAUCCAACCGUUCUUCACACUGCAGUUGGACGUGGAGAAGGCCAACUCAGUUGAGAAAGCACUGGAACAGCUGGUAUGCAAGGACGAGGUGGUGGGAGGAGUCUGUCCCAAGACUAGCCAAGAGAUCUCAAUGUAUACUCAGACUUCACUGGAGGAACUUCCACUUAUACUUCUGCUACACCUCAAAUGCUUCGACUACAAACUGCACACCUGCUCCAAGAUUAUAAAAACUGUCGAAUUUCCUGUCGACCUAAAAAUCGACAAUAAACUUUGUACCUCCAAGAGUAAAACCCCCUCAAAGGACAGACAAUACAAACUCUUGGCAGUGGUAUAUCACGAUGGCAAGGAGGCCACUAAGGGCCACUACAUCACUGAUGUGUUCCACACGGGCUACAGCAGCUGGGUGAGAUAUGACGACGCCACAGUCAGACCUGUCACACAACAACAAGUGCUCAACCCCCGACCUCCGCGAGUACCCUACCUGCUGUACUACAGACGAUGCGACACCAUCAACAGAUAAUACCUCCGCCACAAGACAGGUUUGGGGAGGGUGUAGUCAUCCAGGGUCGAGUACUUAGUAUCGUCAGCCAGGAUUGAACAUUUAGUAACUGUAGUGUUUGGUUUACCCUACAUGUAGUCGCGAUGUCCCGGCAAGGAAAGUGCACUUAUAGUCAUGUCUGUAAAUAAGCGAGGAACGUGGUGUCUGUGAUUUGUUUAGUUUGAGCCGUUUUACCUAGUCGCGGACGCUUAUUUAAAUUAUUAGUGUUUUUAGAUUUUUCUAUUGUACAUAAAUUUUAGUUAUUGCGAUUACCUACCAGUAGCUAAACUACGUCGGUUUAAGUCUGAAAUCGUAGAACCCAGUUUUAUGGAAUUUCAUUUAUCAAUGAUUAACUCUGCCUCUGUUUUUGUCAUUCGGGAUUCAUUGUGUAGUAUUUUUACUAACUGUAUUUAGAGUGUCUGUUAAUUUUGUAAUUUUGAAUAUUUAUUUAUAAAUUACUAGGUGCAACCAACAGACUGAUUAUAGGUUUUAUACUAUUAAUUAAUUGUUGCCUAAGAAAUAUCGAUGGAGUCAAUAAAAUUGUUUGUGUCCAUCUAUUUUGUGUGUAUUCCAUGUUGUUUUUGCUUUUUGUUAAGAUGUAAAUAUUGAUUGUUAUUGUUUUCAUCAUAACACUUAAAGGGUGUGGACUUUGUUGUUGAUUUUAUUACUGAACUCGCUUGUUUAAAUCAUGAAAACUGAAGCAUUUGUGUUUGUUUUCUUAACCAAAAUGCUAUGUUUUUCAAAUACUAUAUCCUUCCUUAUUAAGUUAAUUUUUGUUUUGUCUGUCAUAUUGUAAAUAUAUAUAACGAUAAAUUGGAGUAACUGGAGAUGAUUCUAGAAAAAUAAAUCCACUUUUGUCAGCGUUUCAUCAAACUGUGAGAUUUUGUGAAUGAAGAAUUGUACAUAUUCAUUCAUAUUUACAUUGGUUGUAGGAAGAUGGAGUUAAUAUAUUUUGAGAAACUAGUUAAUUACUUUUGCAUCAAUAUUUUCAAUUUGUUUGGCAUGUGGAAAAAUUUAUCAAAAUAAUGGCCAUAUUACAGGUAAAAUUGCCUGAUAUUUUUUUCUUAUUCUAAGAGACAAAACAAUUUUUGAAUCGAUAAUUUUUCCUGUGGAAACUGGGUGGUUCAUUAACAAGAAAAUAAUAAUAUAGGCAAAUUAAAAUUUUUACUUUUAUUCAAAUAAUUGGGCAGGCCACUUUGAUGUUUGGUAUUUUUUGUCCUUAAUUUAAAAAUUUUAACAUGCUAAUCAACUAGACAAAGGCAUAAUACUUAUUAGAUACUGUGAGUAGAUAAAAACUGAAUAUGCUUUGAAUAUUUUUUAUAAGUGCCUUCAAUUGACAAUUAGGUGGGUGUUAGCUUCUAGUUUGAAUUCAUACAUAAAAUAGAACUGGAAUAAAAAUAAAAUAACUUAAUUUUUCCUCGCAUAGCUUUUUAUGUAUAAACCGUUCCUUACAACUUAAUUUUUGCCACUAUAAAUAUAGUUUUACUUGUUUAACUCUUUACGAUUUAUUUUUUACAUAAUUAUGGCUGUGAGAUUUGAACUAAAAGAAAAACAAAAACAUUUACUUGAUUUAAUUAUGUUUGACCUGUUUGCUCAUAUAUAUUAGACUGAGCAAAUUUGUGACAUACUUUUAUUGUGUCUAAAUAAUACCUUAAUAGUCGUUCUUGGCUUCCCAACAUAGCUCUUCAGUGUUACUAUUUAUUUAAUAUCUUUUGAAUUUAUGGUUAGAUAUAAACUACAUUUGUAACAAUCUUUUUUACAAAGUAUUGCAUUUAACUAAAAUUCUAUUUAAUUUCAACUUGAAUAAAGUUAUUGCCAAUUCAGAUAUAUUUGCAAACCUACAAUGCCAUGUUUAUAACUUUUUUUGUGAAGGUAUUUGGAAUUUUUAAAGUAAGAUACUGUUUUCAAACCAAUAAAUUAACAGUUGUUGAUGAAUUAAAACAAGGAUUGAUUAAUUUAAAAAUCGCUAUUACUUUCUGUUUCAACCCACCUCAACUGUAUAAUAACCAUUAUAAUACCAAAUAAUAACAUAGGUAGUGGUUCCCAAUGCAGAUUAGUACAAAAUACUACUUUGUGAUUUAAUUGCCAUUUUUUAAAGAUUAACCUUUUGCUUACUUUCCAUGAACAGACUCCUUUUUUGGACAUAUUUAAGACACAGAGAAAUUUGAUAAUUGUUGAUUUCAUGAGAUCAGCCUUUGCAUUUUCACACAGAUUUGAUUCCAUAUUUGUAACAAAAAAUGUUUAGUGCCUCUGUGAAUAGUAUUUUCCCCCUUAUAGAAUUUUUCUUUUGUGUAAAUACUAAGAGUUACCUGAACUUAGGUUCAAAGUUUGGUUUUUUUGUAAAAGUUAUUUUGUUUUAUUUACUGCCCUAAUAAUUCAGUUUUUUAGUGAUUAGUAGGUUUCAAUUUUACCCGUAAAGUUUGCUUUGAGUUUUUUCUUGGAAUAUAAAAACCAUUCGUUGGUUUUAGUUUUGUACCAAUAUUAUGAUAACCCUCAAUUAACAUUAGUAGUUGUGUUAUUUAUGUUUUUAUUACUACUCCAGAAAACUUUUGCUUGCCAUUGUUAAUUCAAUCAAUUAACUUAAUUGGCAAAAGUUACUGUAAUUGCUUAGGGUUUUUGUUUGACCAACAAUAAUCGUGGAAGUGUAAGUAUUCUAAUGAGACCUUUUCACCAUUUUGCAUUCAUUGUAUUAUUUCAUAUAAUGAAAUCGUAAACUUAUUAAAUGUACAUAAACAUGUAGAAUAAUGUAUAUAUAAGUAGGUAGUGUAUCAUAUGUUUGUCUUCCAUUGUGAGAGACAAAUUCACUGUAUUUUCUGUAACAUUACUAUUAUGGUCGAGCUUGCCUAACCUACGACUCCCCAACGGAAAACCUUAGUGACCUUUUUUUUUAUCUAUCAAAGGUAUAAAAACUGUUAAAAAUAUCUAGAAUGCCUACCUGUGUAAAUUUCUGUAAAAAUUUAUAGUACACAGCAUUUAAUUAAAGAAUAAAAAUUAAAUUGUUUUUA